AAACAAAUUUUAAAUUAAAAAAAGUAUCAUCUAAAAAAUUAUUAAAAAAAAAACUAAAAAACAAAAAAUUAUAUAGAAAUAUAAGAAAAAAUGGCUCUUUUAGGCAAAAAAUUUAAGAUUAAAUUUACUGCCAACACUCUUAUUGUGCUUUAAUUAUAUACAUUAAUUAUUACUAUCUUUUACUUGAAUGGUUAUCCUGUGCUAGAAAUGAUUUACUGCUUACCAAUUAUAGCUUUCUUAUAGUUGGUUUAAUAUCUCCUCUUUUGGAAUUCACAUAAAAAUUGCUUAAAACCUUUUCUAAUCCUUAAUAUUUGUUUUUUUUUUAUCAGCUUAUGCUUAUUUUUAGGCAUUUUUUUAGGGAUAUUUAAUAAAACAUUAAAGUAUCAUUUUUAAGAAAUUUAAGAGUGUUCAGUCAUUGGUAAGUUUUCUAUAAAUUUUGAAGAGUUUCCAUCUUUAUCUAGUGAAAAAUACUCAAUUCUAUAUAUUGAUUUUUAGAUGGAUGGUCAAAAAUUUUUAGGUUACGGUUGUUUGUCUUCAGAGUCUAAAGAUACUACUCCAACAUCAUAUUAAUAACAUAAUCCACUAACAUUUUUGUAUUAUGGGGAAUAGCAAUGUUUUUAAGGAUAAUGCUCUAUUCCAUAUAAAUUUAGUUAAGUUAAAUUACCUAGCUGGAUGUGUCUUCCAUUCGAUACAUAUUACGAGGAUUUAGUUCAGACUAAAAAUUGUUAUGUGCAUUUUUUUAAUAGUAGUAUUGAAAAAGGUCAACCUAAAGAUUAAGCUUACUUAAAUUCUAAAAAUAGAAUAAAUGUUAGAGAUUUAGAGCAAUUCGCGCUCAUAUCUUUCAAUAAGCUUAAUGCCCCAUUUUCUUAGUAUUUUGCUUUCUUAGUAUUUACUUUUUGUCCUCUUAUAUCCUCAUUAAACGUAUUAUUUAUAGGAUUAAUUGAAUAUUUAGAUUAAUAUAUCAAAGAUAUUACUUAUAAAAAUAAAAAGCUCAAUAAUAUAAACUAAUUUAAAAGAACGAUUAAAGGCAGGGUAUGAUAAUAUCCAUAAAAAACAUAUUAAAAAUUUAUAGAUGGGUUUCAUUAAUUUAAACCAAAAAUGUUUAUAUGAUUUUUACAUUUAGUAUUUAUUAAUUAAGAAAAAGAUUAUUUUCAGUUUAAAAUACAGGAUAAUUUAUUUUUGUUUAAAGUUUAAGCUGCUUUUUAAAAAAUGUUAAAUUUGUGAGAAAGAAAACUAAGUAAAAAUCUUAGAACUAAUAGUAAAAAAUCAAAGAGUCGUGUUUUAUGUAGAAAAAAAGCAAUAAAUGUAGUAAAUAUAUGAAUGAAUUAAGUUGUUUUUUAUCAAAAAUAUCCUUCAAAAUUUAUUUAAUUAUUUAAAAAAUUAUUAAUUUAUUGACUUAUUAAUAACUAAUUGCUUGGUAUUAUUAAAAAGUAAAUGCUUUCAAAAAUACAAUUAAAUAAACAAUAUUUUUAAUUGCAAAAUAGCUUUUAGAAAUAGAUAAAGAACAAAUUGAAAGAAUAUUUUUCAGUGUCUCUAGUGAUAAUGAAGAAGAAAUAGGAUUAGUUUAGAUAAAUUUAAUAUUAUAUUAGAAUCUUGUAUAUGAGAAGUUUCAAACAAUACAUUUAGUUAAUGAUUAGCAUUUUUACGUUUUUAAAAAAUCUAAAUAGAAGAGCAAAACCUAAAAAGUCUUUUUUGGGAUUGAGAAUCAUGAAAAACUUUUGUAAGUUAGUUCCUAAAUUCAGUUCUUGUAUAAUCCUGUAAAUUAUUUUUUUAAAUAACUCUUUAAAUCCUUAAUAAAGAUGGUUUUAGUUUUAAUAAAAUAUAC